CACACUCUCACAACACUCCUCUCGUCCUGUCGACAACACCACUGACAUUCUUGCCAGCAUGCUGCUGCGGACUCUUCUCCUCCUUCUAUGUGUGUCGGCCGGCGUGUGCGCCACUCUGGGCCACUACCAGUCCACAGCCCAGAACCAGGAGGAACCUCCCGGGGUGGAUCCACGAGACACGGUUGCAGAAGACCCCCCACUGGGUGAAGAACACAAGCAGUCUGAGGUGGACCACACAGCAGCUGAGGGUGUUGGUGCUUCAGUUGCAAGCACACAGAGGCCACCUGAAGAUGUGGAGAGUCAUGCUGAAGGCCAGCAGCAACCUUCUGAGGAGGAAGAGAGCAAUGAGAUCAAGCAUGUCGAGACUAAACCGCCGGCGAACGUUUCCUCUCCGCGUGACGACAACAGCAGCUGGAGUAUCAACUCGAUCAGGAGCAGUUUCCAAACCGUGCACGGCUACUUCGACUCCCUGGUGGAGCUGGUGGGGGGUCACAAUGGCGUGUGUCAGUACCGCUGCAGAUAUGGAGAACAUCCUCAGCCCCGUCCCGACUACAAGCACCAAGAACCCAAUGGCUGCAGCUCCUCUAUGGUGGGAUUCCAGCUUGACCUGGGCAUCCCCGCCAUGACUGAGUGCUGUAACCAUCUCGACGUGUGCUAUGACAACUGUGGCGUGAACAAGUACGAAUGUGACACCAAGUUUCGCUCUUGUCUUCACAACAUCUGCUCUGACCUGAAGAGAAGUCUUGGCUUUGUGUCCAAAGUGGAAGCCUGCGAGUCAAUGGCGGACGCUUUGUACAACACAGUGUGGACUCUUGGAUGCCGGCCUUACAUGAACAGCCAGAGGGCAGCUUGUGUGUGUGAGGGGGAGGAGAGGGACGAACUGUGACACUGUGGAUGCAAACUGUAACUACCAAAACUGUCAGUUUUUAUUAGUUUGGAAUUACAAAAAGCAGGAUUGGAAUAUUUUAUAAUGAACAACAUGUACACUUUCUGCAGUGCAUUCGUCUUUAAGGCCAAUUGUUGGGCCUUAGGACUCCAUCAAAAUCCAUGUCUUUAAUAACUCCAGAGUGUUUUGUGGUAAUAAUUCUGACUGUACAAGACAACAGUGUAUUAUAUUUGUUAUUUAUGCGACCACAGACGACGACGAUGUUAUGAAAGACCUCAUGUCU